AUGCUUACGAUGCGGACAUUGCGGUUUGGGAUUUUGGCGCUGUUGGUUUCUGGGACCCAUGGUCAAGAGCAGCAACAGGCCAGGCUAAGCACCGAGACAGACGGUGUUGACGGUCAUGAGAUGAAGCUGGUCGCAUACAUAACUCCAUCGGACCAAAAGUCCCGCUCACUGGCGGUGGAAUGGGACACGGCGCGCUCCAAGUCCGAUUUCCGUAUGGAAAUAAUCGACGACUGCCCUCAAGACCAGCGAUGCCCUGACCUCGCGCCUGAAGCAUACCCCGUCAUCAGGCUCUUUCGCGGCAAGGAGCAGAUGGUGGAUUACCCCGGCCCGCGCACCAGCGACGAGUACGUCCCUAUCCUCCUCGUUUGCCAACAUACUAACAUGACCAGGAUCGUAAAGUUCAUCAACAGAGCCAAGCAGUCGUCUCAGAAACCAAAAAAGCUCACGGCAGAGGAAUUCGAGGCUUUCAAAAACGCAGAUGACUUCGUCUGCAUCGCUAACCUAGAACCCUCCGAGACGGUCGUUAGAAAGGCAUUCGAGGCUCUUUCAAAAAAGUACUGGGCCGAAUUUACAUUCGGCGUUAUCGAAACCGCGGAACAAGAACCAAAAGUGGUGUGUCACAAACAAGACGAUGACAGCACACACGCACGCUCCUUCACAGAACCAGACGGGCUAGAAACCUGGCUCAUCGAAGCUUCUCGUCCCGUCAUCGCGGAACUCACGCCCGCAAAUCACCAACGUCUCCUGAACAAGCGCGGCUGGCCAAUGAUCUACAUUUUCUCCCCGACGCCCACCUCCCGCGCCGACAUCCGCGCGCAGCUCCACGCCUUCGCAAAGAGCCACUACUCCUCCCUGACCGCCGCAACGGUCGACCCGGCCUACUUCCCUUCCCUGCCCGGGAAACUCGGGCUCAGCCCCGCAGAAGACGGAUACCCAGCAGGCGCGGCCCACCAGCUCUCCAACGGGAGGAUAUACCCGUACCCCAAGGGCAGAGGGUUCACGCCCCGCGAGCUGCAGGGUUGGGGACUGGAUGUGUGGCAAGGGCGAGUGAAGCCGUGGGCGCCGCCUGGACAGGAGGCGCCCGGGGAAGAUGAAGGCGGCGGCAACGUGAGAGUAGUCACGUCGCAUAAUGUGAGAAUCAAGAACAUCCCGGGGCUCAAGAUUAAAAUUGCGGGGAGGGAGAGAGAUGAGCUGUGA